CCGCGUCAAACAACAUUUCAGCGACAAAACAACAAAAAACAGUCGGAGUAUAUAGAUAUAUACGAAAAAGGGUAAAUAAUAGCACGGAAAGGAAGGUCAAGAAUUACAGGGCAUAAAUUGACCGCCAGUUAUUAACGCCCACGCGUCAUGGAAGCCGCCCAGAACCAGGACCAGGCGGCCCAGCUCGAUGGGCCAACAGACGCGGAGCCGCCGCACCAGCAUCCGCUGUCGAACAGUGUGGGCAGUCUGAAGCGCCAGAUCAGCCGUUUCCAUCCCUAUCAUGGGUCAAACAUCCAGCUCGAUGACGAUGCUACCGUCGCGUAUCGCAGGGCGAGCUUCGCUGAUGCAUUGGCUUUCUCGGAGCGUCCGCUGGCGCCGGGCGACAUAUUCCUAAUUGAGAUUGAGCAGAUAGAGCGCGGAUGGUCGGGCCACAUGCGCCUGGGCCUCACCGAGCUGACUCCCAAUGUGAUUGAGGCAAGCCCCGACGGCCUUCCGCACUUUGCUCUGCCCGACCUGGCCAAUAUGGGCAACAGCUGGAUUUAUCCGAUCUCCAAGUUCGAUAUGAAUCAGCGGCAGGAGCCCGUCGACAUAAUCGAGCCAGAGACCUAUAGUCAGUCACACAGAAACCUACUGGGCGAUGCCCCGCAUAUAAAGACACCGCGUGGCCUGCUGCCAAAAAGACUGCUGCGUCCGGCCAUGGGCAAAGGAAACUCGGACAUUCUGCUCACCGACACAGGUUCGCGCAUCGGCAUCAUUUACGUGCCCACAACCAACAGCCCGUCCAGGGGCGAGCUUCAUUUCAUCAUUAAUGGAGUGUCCCGUGGACCAGUCGCCAGGGAAAUUCCCUUGAAUAUGGCACCCCUAUUUGUUGUUAUCGAUGUGUACGGUACCACCAAGCAGAUCCGCAUUAUCCAGCUCGAUGGCAUUUUGUCCCUGCAAAGCGCCUGCCGCAAUGUAAUCCUGGAGCACGUCCCAGAGGAUGCGGUUGACGACCUGCCACUGCCGGAAAGCAUUAAAAGAUUCUUGCUGCGCCGAGAUUAGGGUCACACAUAGACGGCUUUAUGUAAUAGAGCCUUGUGUAACAGUGUGAAUGUCUGAGAGAGUGUGUAUGCAUGAACAUGGAUCGUGAUAGUCUGUUUACCCAUAUUUUUAUAAGCAUGUAACACAACCAGUACCAGCAGUAGCAGCAGCAGCCACAACUGAAGUGCUCGUACAUUGACUCUUGAUUCCAGACAGCAGGCCUUGGGUGCUUAAUGUAAUGGAUUGAUGACGAUGCACUCCCCUACCUUCCAGUUGAAAACCAUACAACAAUCCCAUUCCCAGGCCAGCCUUUGCUAUUGCAGGUGUAUAAUUGUAAAAUGUUCUAGUUAUAUUUUAUAUCUGGUUUCGUUCAUUAUAAAUUUAAAAAAGAAAAAAAAACCGCAUACGAGACUAUGUUUGUAAACAUAACCAUCGUUAGCAUCGUGUAGGUGUAUAUUUUACAGACUCAAUAGGAGGGUUACCAUACACAUACCCCUAUCCAAGAGGAUAUCUGCGAGCAGCAGAAUAUUGACCAGACCCAACACCGCCCUGCCUUUUAGCGUUUCGGUUCCGAUCCAUUCAAGACGUUUUCCAUUUGCUUUACCUCUAAGUAAUUGUUGCUAUAUGUAAGCUAAGAAUGUAAUAAAAUACCGAUCAAAGUUGCUGUAA